GGCCACGCGGCGGCUCCGCUCGCCAUGGCGGAGACCAAGAUCAUCUACCACAUGGACGAAGAGGAGACGCCGUACCUGGUCAAGCUGCCGGUGGCCCCCGAGCGCGUCACGCUGGCCGACUUCAAGAACGUGCUCAGCAACCGGCCCGUGCACGCCUACAAAUUCUUCUUCAAGUCCAUGGACCAGGACUUCGGGGUGGUAAAGGAGGAGAUCUUUGAUGACAAUGCCAAGCUGCCCUGCUUCAAUGGCCGAGUGGUCUCCUGGCUGGUCCUGGCCGAGGGUGCUCACUCAGACGCAGGGUCCCAGGGCACCGACAGCCACACUGACCUGCCCCCAGCCCUCGAGCGGACAGGUGGCAUCGGGGACUCCCGGCCGCCUUCCUUCCACCCAAAUGUGGCCAGCAGCCGCGAUGGGAUGGACAAUGAGACCGGCACAGAGUCCAUGGUCAGUCACCGGCGGGAGAGAGUCCGGCGCCGGAACCGUGAGGAGGCCACCCGCGCCAAUGGGCACCCAAGGGGCGACCGGCGGCGGGACCUGGGGCUGCCCCCGGAUAGUGCGUCCACUGUGCUGAGCAGCGAACUGGAGUCCAGCAGCUUCAUCGACUCGGAUGAGGAAGAUAACACGAGCCGGUUGAGCAGUUCCACAGAGCAGAGCACCUCCUCUCGGCUCAUCCGGAAGCACAAGCGUCGGCGCCGGAAGCAGCGCCUACGGCAGACAGACCGGGCCUCCUCCUUCAGCAGCAUCACCGACUCCACCAUGUCUCUGAACAUCAUCACUGUCACACUCAACAUGGAGAGGCACCACUUCCUGGGCAUCAGCAUCGUGGGCCAGAGCAACGACCGGGGUGAUGGUGGCAUCUACAUCGGUUCCAUCAUGAAGGGUGGGGCUGUGGCCGCUGACGGCCGCAUCGAGCCGGGUGACAUGCUGCUGCAGGUGAACGAUGUGAACUUUGAGAAUAUGAGCAAUGAUGACGCUGUGCGGGUGCUCCGGGAGAUUGUGUCCCAGACAGGGCCCAUCAGCCUUACGGUGGCCAAGUGCUGGGACCCAACCCCCCGGAGCUACUUCACCGUCCCGAGGGCUGACCCUGUGCGGCCCAUCGACCCAGCUGCCUGGCUGUCCCACACAGCGGCACUGACAGGCGCCCUGCCCCGCUACGGUACGAGCCCCUGCUCCAGUGCCAUCACGCGCUCCAGCUCCUCCUCACUAACCAGCUCAGUGCCUGGCGCUCCACAGCUUGAAGAAGCGCCGCUGACAGUGAAGAGCGACAUGAGUGCCAUUGCCCGAGUCAUGCAGCUGCCAGAUUCGGGGCUGGAGAUCCGUGACCGCAUGUGGCUCAAGAUUACAAUUGCCAAUGCUGUCAUCGGGGCGGACGUGGUGGACUGGCUGUACACGCACAUAGAGGGCUUCCGGGAGCGGCGCGAGGCCAGGAAGUACGCCGGCAGCAUGCUGAGGCGUGGCUUCCUGCGGCACACGGUGAACAAGAUCACCUUCUCUGAGCAGUGCUACUAUGUCUUUGGGGACCUGUGCAGUGAUCUCGCAGCCCUGAAUCUUCACAGUGGCUCCAGCGGAGCCUCGGAUCAGGACACCCUGGCCCCACUGCCCCACCCAGCCACAGCCUGGCCGCUAGGCCAGGGCUACCCCUACCAGUACCCUGGACCCCCACCCUGCUUCCCGCCCGCCUACCAGGACCCCGGCUUCAGCUAUGGCAGUGGCAGCGCUGGGAGCCAGCAGAGUGAAGGGAGCAAAAGCAGUGGGUCCACCCGGAGCAGCCGCCGGGCCCCAGGCCGGGAGAAGGAGCGCCGGGCCGCUGGAGCUGGGGGCAGCGGCAGUGAGUCAGACCCUGCGGCCCUCAGCGGGUUGGGUAGUGCCGGCUGGUGGGAGCGUCCUGUAAGCCAGCUUAGCCAGGGCAGUAGCCCACGUAGCCAGGCCUCGGCUGUUGCUCCUGGGCUUCCCCCACUACACUCCCUGACAAAGGCCUACACAGUGGUGGGUGGGCCCCCGGGGGGGCCACCUGUCCGGGAGUUGGCUGCUGUCCCCCCAGAACUGACUGGCAGUCGCCAGUCCUUCCAGAAGGCCAUGGGAAACCCCUGUGAGUUCUUUGUGGACAUCAUGUAACUGGUGGGCAGUGCCUUCAGCCCCGUCCAAGGCGGGGCAUCCCAUCCUGCUGCACUGGGAGCUGGUGGGGUUGCCUUAGUGGUGGCCAGCUAGGGACAGGCCUGCCUGGGGCGCUGGACCCAGCAGGCAGUGGGCACAGAGGCCAAGGCCGAGGGCAGCCACCUCCUCCUGGGGUCCCUGGGCAAUGAACAGCUGUCUCCCUGCUCCUUUGGGGGGACCAUCUUCUCAGGCAGGUCUGACCUGCCCAUUCAACAUGGGACUCUAGGGCCCCCGACCUCUCCUUUGGAGGUGACUCUUAUGGGUUCGGUGUUGCCCCUCACUCUACCAGAGCUAUGCAGAGGCCCUCACCUGAACUGGCCUGAAGUCCCUCUCACCCAGCACAUUGACCCUGCCUGUCUCACCCGGGCAGUGGCGUCCCCAGUCCCCUCUGGUCACUCAGGGUGGGAUCUAACUUAUUUAUUUAUUGCUGCCCUGCCUACUAUGAGGGUGGUGGCUGUCUAGUUGUCCCCUCCCCGCCCAACUGGGGCAGUUUGCAUGUCCCUGCUCUGCUCUGGGACUCAGAGCAAGCAUGAGGAAUGCAGGCCAUGAUGGGAAGUGUGGAGGCUGGGGAGCUGGCAGAGGGCCCCUCUCCCUGCACAGUGCCUCACUGCAGGCAGAGGGGUCUUGGAGAGACAGGAGCCAGCCUGGUCUGUCCUCACUGUCCUUGGGCCAUCUUCCCACUGCACACUGCCUUCUUGGCAUGCCUGGCAUCUGAACAUCUGCUCUGUAGAUAUUGUGUCAAAGUCCGAGCAUCUGGGUAGUUCAGUAGAGCUGCUUCUGUGUAAAUGCUAUUUUAAACACUAAAGAACAUUUAAUUUU